UCGGGGGUUUGGGAGAAGGGGGCGAUUCGGAGGCGAAGCGGCGGAUGGAUGGUUUGGAAGGGGAAUCCGAAGCAAGGAGUAAACAAGAUACACACCUCUCUCCCCGCCUUCCUUUCCCACGCCUGCCAGAUCAAAGGGAGAGCUUGUUAGCUGAUCUUCGCUGGGGCCACACCGCGUGCUCUUGUGGAAAACAGAACCUCCACCUACAGGAGCUGGAUUCGGAAACCAAAAUGGAGGAACAGGAACCUGCAGGACCUGAGCCACGGGAGACUUUGGAGGGGGGAGCCCGAGACCUUCACGUCGUUCAGGUCGGGGCCACUGGGGAGUUGAUGGAAGGGGCCACGCCUCAGCAGUUUAAACGGGAACCGGAGGACCAUUGUUGGGAGUCCCAGUUGCAGGACUUCUUGAAGGCGAUGCAGCCCUCCCGUUCGGGGUGGAGGAACCCCCAACCACCUCAGUAUUCACUGGGAGAAGACACCAAGUAUUUCCAGACCUCCUUCAAGGGAGGGGCUGAAGGUGGCCGGUGGCCUAAGGUCGAGUGCAUGGACCAGAGCCCACCGGGCCUCAGUGGAGACAACAGCAAGGUCUACGAGAGCAGCCGAGAGUCACCGGUGAAAGUGAAGGAGGAGGUUCUGGACGAGGAUCUGGUCAAUGUUGAGAUGAGACGGCAGCGCUUCCGCCUCUUCUGCUAUGAGGAGGCCGAGGGGCCCCGAGAGGUUUGCAACAAGCUCUGGGAACUUUGCCACCAGUGGCUGCGGCCGGAGAAUCACAGCAAGGAGCAGAUCCUGGAAUUCCUGAUCUUGGAGCAGUUUCUGACUGUCCUGCCUCCGGAAAUGCAGAGCUGGGUCAGGGACCAGGGCCCCGAGACUUGCACCCGAGCCGUAGCCCUGGCAGAGCGGUACCUGCAAGAGUCUGAGGAACCCGAACAUAAGCUGUCAGGCUCCUUGGAGAAGCCAUUUAACUCUCCCAUGUCAGAUCAUUCGCCAGCUGCUGUCCUGAAGAUGCAGCUCCCCUUGGAGGAAAAGCAGGAGGAUGACUGGGAGGCCACCUUGUCUGGCAACGAGCAAGUGCAAGAUGAUGAUGACGAGGAGUCAUCCUUUCAGGCCGACCGGCCUGAUCAAGUGGGUAUUGGUGGGGCAUCGCUGGAAAGAGCCAAAGGGAAAGGUUUCCAGGGCCUUGAGAUGGACGGGAAGAGUGAAAGUCGCCAGGGGCCAGAAGGUCACCAGGAAAGCCCUCCUGGGAAGGCCGCCAAGCUUUCUGAGGAAGGCGAGAGGGGCUUACGGGAAGGUUCCUCCCAGGAGGGAACCCACAGGCACGCUGACUCGGGGGAAAGCUCCUGCCAGAGCUUUGGCCAUCAGGAAAUGCAGCCAAUUGAGAAGCCCCACAAAUGCUCCUUUUGUGGGGCAAGCUUCUACGAGAGAACCCACUUGGUGAUCCAUGAGAGGAUCCACACCGGGGAGAAGCCCUACAAGUGCUCGGUGUGCGAGACCUGGUUCUCUCACCCCUCUGAGCUCAUGAGGCAUGAGGAAACCCACAUGCCCGAGAAGCCUCACAAAUGUGCGGUCUGCGGGAAGAGCUUCAAUCAGAAAGCCUCCCUGAUCACCCACGAGAGGACCCACACAGGGGAGAAGCCGUACGAGUGCUCCGAGUGCGGGAAGAGCUUCAGCACCAGCUCCCAGCUCAUCACGCACAAGAGGGUCCACACAGGGGAGAAGCCCUACAGCUGCUCGUACUGCGGCAAGAACUUUAACCAGAAAGCCUCCCUCAUCACACACAAGAGGACCCACACGGGAGAGAAGCCCUACGAGUGCACGCUGUGCGGGAAGAGCUUCAGCGCUUGCUCGCAAAUCAUCAAUCACAUCCGGGUGCACACCGGAGAGAAGCCCUACGAGUGCUUGGAGUGCGGGAAGCGCUUCGGGAGCAGCUCCCACCUCACCGACCACAAGAGGACCCACACGGGCGAGAAGCCGUACAAGUGCCCCGACUGUGGCAAGAACUUCAGCCGGAGCUCCAACCUGACGGCGCACAGCCGGAUCCACACGGGAGAGAAGCCAUAUAUAUGCUCAGGGUGCGGCAAGAGCUUCCGGCAGAAAGCGUCCCUCAUCACACACAAGAGAACCCACACGGGAGAGAAGCCUUUCGAGUGCUCCGAGUGCGGCAAGAGCUUCAUCUCGAGCUCUCGCCUCGUCAGCCAUAAGCGGGUACACACGGGGGAGAAGCCCUACGAGUGCUUGGAGUGCGGGAAGUGCUUCAUUUCCAGCUCCCACCUCCUAAGUCACAAGAGGGUCCACACGGGAGAGGAGCCAUAUAAAUGCGCACCCCGGGCAGAGAAUGACGUCUGGCUCCUGAAGAUGGUGAGCCAAAGUUGCCGCGAGGGACGUUGUGUGCUCCGAGGGCAGGUCAGGAGAAUGGGCUGCUCGGGAAGCACGAGGAGCAAGGGUCUCCGGGUUGGGCGCCUUGCCUGCCCUUCCCGGGCUUCGCAGAGCGCUGUAGAGCUGCUGGCUGGGCGCGCAUUACUUGGCUCAUGCUCCUUGCAGCCCUGCGAGGGGCUUAUGACAUUCAAAGAGGUGGCCGUGUGUUUCACCGAGGAGGAAUGGGUUCUGCUAGAUCCAGGCCAAAGGGCUCUCUACUGGGAAGUCAUGGCAGAGAACUAUGGAAUGAUAGCCUCCCUGGUCCAGGAGCUGCAGCCAGGAAUGAAUGUGGAAGCAUGGGAGUUGGCAGCAGCCCAUGAACCUGGGGAGAGAAUGGAAAGAGGAGAAAAGGAGACUCCUGCUGUCCAACUUGGGACUGAGAGACAAUUUAUGAGUGGGGCAAAUCUGCCUCAGGCCAAGCAGACUUCUGGGUCCCAGCUGGAAUGGGAAGACCAGCUCCUGAACUUCUUGAAGACAGCAGCAUCUCCUCCCUCUGGGGUUCCCUGCUGCCAGUCCUCGUUGGUGUCUGAUAUAAGGGAAUCCCAGGCUUCUUUGAAGGGUGUCAUGAACCACAGCCAUGGACAUAGUGGAGAAGGCGCUGAUCACACCCUGCCAGGCCUUGGCUCUGAAACACCAGGAAGCCCAAAGUAUUUUGUGAAAGUGAAAGAAGAGGUUUUGUCUGAGGAGGAGAGUGUUGGUGUGGAGAUGGAAGGGAGGCCAGAAGGAAAAGCGUUGAGGCCUGCGGGAGAUGAUAAUGCCUCCUUGUUGGAGCAGGACCUGACGGACUCGGUGAAGAUGCGAGAGGAUGAUCUCUUGGGAAACGGCAACGGAGCGCUCAAGUCUGAGGAGACCUUUUGGCAAGGAACACCUAAGCAAAUGAGCCACAGUAGGACACCCCUGGAAAUCGCCAUGGGGGAAUGUUUUUGGGGUCCCAAAGUAGAGGAGAAUCCCGAGACUCGGCAGCGUGUUGGCAGCUUCCAAGAGAGCAAGCCUAACCUGCUGCUUUGUGGGGAAGGUGCUAAAAAUGUACCCAGGAGGACCUUCCCUGAGAACCUCCUGAGCACUGAGGGGAGGAAAGGAGGCCAAGAGAAUGGGAUCAGGCUCCAUCGGAAUGCUCCUCUUCCAGAAGACCGGACAGUGCCACUGGAAGCGGAGAAAGUGUAUAAGUGCUCCUAUUGUGGGAAGUCUUUCGGCGAUAGUUUGGACUUGGUUGCCCAUGAGAGGGCCCACAUCGGUGAGAAGAUCUACAAGUGUCCGCAUUGCGAGAAACGGUUCUCUCAUCGGAUCGACCUCCUGACGCACAAGAAGAACCACCAGGGAGAGAAGCCACACCGGUGCGAUUCGGACUGCGUGAAGUGCUUCCAGCAGCGAGCUUUCCUGAAGGUGCACCAGAGGGCCCACUCCGGGGAGAAAGCCUGCCAGUGCUCCGUGUGCGGGGAGAGCUUCAGCUGGAAGUCCAACCUCAUCAGGCACCGUAGGACCCACACGGGAGAGAAGCCCUAUCACUGCGCCGAAUGCGGGAAAAGCUACACGCGUAAAACCGCCCUGAAUAGACACAAGAAGAUUCAUGCUGGGGAGAGACCCUGCGACAGCAGUGCUCCGAGCAUAGGGCCAGCUUCAGUGUGGGUUCUCCUGGUGUAAGAGUUGGCAGAAGAGGUGACCCAACUAUGGUUUACCCUCAGCCAGUGCCUACCUCACCUGCCACCAAUCUGGGGAGUGGCCCAGCUGGUUGGCAUCCUCCAGAGUCUUAGGGUAGAGUCUUGUAGAGCUCAGCAGGAAGGAAGGCGGGGGGGGGGGGGCUAGCAUCAGUUGGAUCUGCCUGUCAUUGACUCUCUGGUUCCACCUACUGUUCCACCCUACCUUCCACCUCAUUAAUGCCAAUGGAAACAAGCCACCACUGAUACAGAGACAGAGAAAAAAACAGAAGUGUUUCACAACUGUGGCAAGCAUCUUCCGGAUUCCACAUGGGUUGACGAAUUGCUGAACAUUGUGCAUGGAAGAGCUUUCUGGGCAGUGUUUUUUAAAACCACAUACACAGCACAGGAGCAGUGGCAAGUGGUCCCGAGCGCAUAGCCUGCCUUAUGCACAUAGAUGGGUGUGGUGAGAGACUGGCCUGCACCUUUUCAAACGGAAGGUGCAAGACCUGCCAUUUUUAAUUUUCCAGAUUUAUUUUUAAUUUUUUUAAAUGAGAACCCCCUGGGCAAGUAAAAAUCUAGCACAUCAGGAAGAAUGGUUCUAGUCCAGCUUGCUCCCUGAUGCACUAGGUUUUUAUGUGCAGGGACUUUUUAACAUGGAGGAACAUUCUGAAAACUGGUUCUUCCUUGCCACAGUCGGCAGUGAUACAAUGCACUCUAUGCUGCCUCUAGACUCCGCCGCCUUUCAUGGUUGUAUACAAGCAACUCCCUGUUUGUGUGGGAGUUGCGUUCCUCGUUCCCAUGUGCAUCAGUGUGUAAGUCUGCUCCGCCCCCAUUCCAUCCCCUUUUCAGUGCUGGAAACUGCAUGCAUGUCAGUGGUCACACAUGUGCCGAUCACACGCAAAUUGGGAGUUGCCUAUAUAUAAGGCCAGGUGCCAAACUAAAGUUUCAGAGUUCAGGCCUAUGAAAAUGGAUUUCCCUCUUCUGCACCACUUUUCGUUCACAUCCAAAAAGCCACACUUGAAAUAAUAUUGUAGGGAUGCUCUCCUUUCUAGGAGGCUUCAGGGAGUGCAGGGUGUCAUGCGAAGGGAGGAAAACACUACUAUUAUUAUUUUAUUUUUAAAGAAAUAGCAAGAUCUUGGAGACUAGAGCUCGGAUUAUGAACAGGGCAGGCAUCUCAGCAAAAGUUAUGGUGCCCUCCCCCCCUCACGAACCUAGCUUCCAUCAGAAGUAUUGGAGCAGGGAUUGGGGAGCUCUUUGCCUUACAGAUACAGCCAGACUCCCAGCUCCUAUCAUCCUUGACCAUUAGCUAUCCUGGCUGGCUGGGGCUAAUGGAAGCUGGAGGGGCCACACGUUCUGCAUCCGUGCUGCUCUUACGAGACAUUGUGAAUGUGGAUAGGCCUUUCACACUAGCACACUAGUCCCCUAGGGAAUCUAGUGCAGUUUUCCGUAAAGGUAAACUUGGCUCAAGGCUUUUUCACCUUUAUAAACUCUGCACUAGGAAGAUAGUGCCACGUGGGCUUUUGUUUUGGGGUGAUGUGUGAAAUUUGAAAAGAAAACACCUCUUUCAUAAGGGUAGAUGCUCAAGAAUUUGUUCUCAUUUAAAACAAUGCUGCCAAUGUACAGUUAUACCUUGGUUUUCAAACGCCUUGGGAGAUGAACGUUUUGGCUCCUGAACGAUUGAAAACUGGAAGUGAUUGUUCUGGUUUUUGAACGUUCUUUGGAACCCGAACGUCCAAUGCGACUUCCACGGCUUCUGCCUGCAGCCAAUCAGAAGCCACGCCUUGGUUCCCGAACGUUUUGGAAGUCAAACGGACUUCUGGAAUGUAUUCCAUUUGACUUCCAAGGUACCACUGUAUGAGCAUUUGAAAAACUCCUCUCCAUUAAUUAAGGUUUCAUUAGGUUUUCUAUUAAUACAUACAGCGGGGAAAGAAAGCUCAUUUAUUUGUUUGGGUAUCCCAUUGUGCUCUUUGGUUAGGCAAGGGAGAGAAGUCCAUGGCCCUCAAGAUGUUGCUGGACUUCAACUCCCAUCACCCACAGCCAUGAUGGUUAAUGGUCAGGGAUGAUGGGAGUUGUAGUUCAGCAGCACCUGGAGGACCACAGGUUCCGUAUCCCUCCUUUAGCAAUAUCUCCAUGCUUCUCCUGUACUUAAAAAAAAUAAUUUUGAAUAUGCUGCAUAAAAAACCUGUACAGUGGUACCUCCGAUUGCAAAUGGGAUCUGUUCUGGGGGUCCUACCGCAUCCCAAGGAAUUCGUAACCAGAGGAUUGUUUCUGCGCAUGCGCACAGCAUGGUUUAGCACUUCUGCACAUGCACACGCAGUGAAACCCAGAAAAAUACUUCCGGAUUUGCCGCGUUCACAUCCUGCAGUUUACUUAUCCAGAGGGAUACGUAAGCAGAGGUACGACUGUACAGUAUAAAUUUUAUUUUCAACUGCUGUUAACUUACUAAGAGUUGAUGGGUGGAAUUAGCUGGAAGUGUGAAUGAGUAAUAAAUUUUGUAUAUAAUGCAUGCUUGCGAUUUCUUGGCUUUUUCGUCUUCUCUCACUCAGUGUUUCAAGAUGUGUACCAUGCACAUGGUUCCUGUCAAUUCCACACACGCAGGACUGGACCAUCCACUGUCAGGGCUGCGGGCCUAUUUUGCCCUCAUCCUAACAUCUGUUAGGACCAUCUGUUCCUCCUCAGAAAUGAGUAGCAGCCUGUGAGGAACGGCAAGUCUGACUUAAAAAUGAGCCCUAAAGCCCUUCUUUCCAAGACAUAAAACUCCCAUUUCGCCCCAGCCUCAAGCGGUGUUUUGGAGUAAGGGGUGUAUGAGUGGCUCCUGAGUCAGCAUCCGAAAAAGACACAUGUCCCCCUUCAUAGUCCAGAGUCACCUGGAUUCUCUUGGGCUUCUCAGGGAAAGAGGAAAGUCAUCAGGGGAAGUGCAGGCCCAGUACUCAUCCAGAGCCCAGAGCCCGCCCUCAGGACUGAAGGGAAAGCGGCCCUUUCUCCCCAUAGACUUCCUGGCGAUCCCCACAGCCCAUUCUCCCUCACUUCCCACAGUGACCUCCCAGAAAUGUCUGCCUGAUGUGAAUUCCUCAUGUCCCAGCACACAAUGCCGGUUGUUGAAUCUCUCAGGAUUAUCGGGCACAUCUUGCUUUAUGUCUGCCAAUCUCACGCUUUUCUGACCCUUGGACAAGAUGAGGCAGGGGUGGGCUGUGUCUGGAUCCAGAGUGACAUUUGCUGUUGGGGGAAGAUGAAGAAAAAAGAGGCAAAAUCAGCUGGGAGACAGAAACUGACAUUUAAUGGGGCAGGUUUGUGCGUGUUUUAACCUGGAACACGACGCCUGCAAAAAUUGAGAUUUGCCAUAUGAAUAACAUAAAUGUCAUUUUAAGGCUAAUAACUUAUUAAGGGUUCCAAAGUCUGCAGAAAAGAUUGUACAACCCCAAUGAAAUGCCAAUCCCCACCCCUCCUGUGAAUUUGGGUCACCAUUGAAAAUUUACCUUUCUGAAACUUGUCUGAAUAACAUAGCAUCUGAGAAGGAAAAAAGAUCAGUAGAACAAAUGAUUAGGAACUUAGGAAAAACCAGUUAAAGAAAACUGUAAAACUCAGAAAUGGUAAACAAAACU